ACCAGAUUGUUUGUUGCACAUUGACCGCUCUAGAAGACCAUGUACGUACUAGUAAUACUCCUGAUCGCACUCCAAGGCGCGAUGAGCGACUCGAAAAACUCCUCAAAACCCUUCGAUCCUUUGGGCCCCCUAGUGAAAUGCUCCUACUUAUCCUGGGAGUUCGUGGACUGCGACGAGCCGGUUGAUCAUAAAGGCAACAAAUCCGCCCUGGAACAGCUGGGCUACGGUUGCCUUAAGUUCGGGGGGAUGUUCUACGAGAAUGUGAGACGCACCAAAGUGAUUUGCAGGACUUUGGAGAAGAUUGAGUGCUUUGGGGAUCGCACGUUCUUCAAGGAGGGCGUUCCAUGCAUCAAAUAUUCCAACCACUUCUUUACAACAACGCUUCUAUACAGUAUCCUGUUGGGGUUCUUGGGCAUGGACAGGUUUUGUCUGGGACAAACAGGAACUGCUGUAGGAAAACUGCUGACUAUUGGCGGCCUGGGAAUCUGGUGGAUCGUGGAUAUUGUCUUGUUAGUUACCAAUAACUUAGUCCCCGAGGAUGGCAGCAACUGGAAUCCGUACGUAUGACUGGAAAGGCACUAGGAAAGUCUCCCUGAUCUUAAACAUACACUGGGCAUAGGAAGUGAAAUUGGUGCUGUGAUGUGAAGUGUUUUAAGAAUUGUGCUCAUUUUAGCAAGUUUUGUUGGAAAUAAUCCCUUGUGGCAAUUUAUUCGGCCAUCCUGAGUAGAUUUUCUGCAAAAAAUAACUGCGUUUUGUGAGACUACUGUUUUCAAAUAAAUGGAACAGAAGCUUAAGAGGAACCUGUGAGAAUAACACCGUUUAAUAAAACUGCAGCAUUUCAAAACAAGUAGAACAAAAACUGUAUUGUUUGAUAAAACUGUAGUUUAAAAUAAAUCGAACGAGAUCAGAAGCGGAAGUUCGAUCGCCGCCUAAUAAGACGAA